GCCGGCCAUGGAAGAAGCAUGUCACGGAAGAGGACGUUGUUUUGAAAUUGACUGUAGAUUCAUUUUUUUUUUGCAGCUAUGUAAACGACUGGUGAAACUAUGUUUGCGGUAGAGGAAAAUGUUUAUAGUCAGAAGGUACUGGUGGCUUCUAAUGAGCGCAAAAGAGUGUUUCACUGUGAUUUAGCCUGCUAACUGUGCUGUCUGCGACAUCGCUAGUCUACAGUCGCACAGAUUUAUUCGACACAUUUUUUUUGGUUGUUGUUGAGUUUUAAGAUGGCUUCCGUUAGACAUUUAGUUUGCAGAUGGUGGCUGUGUCAUCUCAGCAAAUCGCCAACCGUGAACACGCCAGGUUUCAGGCGUAGCAAGCGGUUCAGCACCUGCAGCAGACGCAGGACUGUCAUGCCAGCCUGGGUCAUGGACAAAUAUGGGAGCAACGAUGUUUUACGGUUUACUAAAAAUGCCAGUUUCCCCGUCAUCACCUACCCCAAUGAGGUCAUAGUCAAAGUGUUUGCGGCAGGACUAAACCCGCUCGACGUCAGCAUGAGGGGUGGCUAUGGUGCAGCUACAUUCUCCAUGAAGAGGGACCCUCUGAAUAUCAAGCAGUCUGGCAGCGAGUUCCCGGUCACUCUGGGGAGGGAAGUGUCAGGGGUCAUCAUGGAGUGUGGCUUGGAUGUGAAGUACUUCAGAGAAGGGGAUGAGGUUUGGGCAGCAAUCCCACCAUGGAAGCAGGGCAGCUUAGCUGAGUUUGUGAUUCUAAGUGCCAACGAGGUAUCUCACAAACCAAAGUCACUGAGCCACCUAGAGGCCGCAGCCAUUCCUUACGUGGCAGCCACUACCUGGUCCGCCCUGGUCAACACCGGUGGGCUCAGUAAGGACAACUGUGCCAAGAAGCGGAUUUUGAUCAUCGGAGGAUCUGGGGGAGUGGGAACAUUUGCUAUACAGAUGAUGAAGGCGUGGGGAGCCCAUGUGACUGUUACCUGCUCCCAGAAUGCCGAGCGGUUCGUAAGGGGGCUGGGGGCGGACCAUGUGGUGGACUACACUGCCGGGCCUGUUGAGGAGCCGCUCAGUGCACUAGAGAAAUUUGACCUGAUCCUAGAUAAUGUCGGGGGGGACGCAGAGCGCUGGGCGCUGAAUCUGCUUAAGCCUUGGAGUGGCGCCAAGUAUGUCACCCUGGUAACACCUUUCCUCCAGAACACAGACAGGCUGGGUAUUGCUGAUGGCAUGAUGCAGACUGCUGUUACAGUGGCCUCCAAGGCCCUCAAGCACCUUGUUAAAGGAGUUCACUACCGCUGGGGAUUCUUUGCACCGAGUGGUCCCGCACUGGAUGAAAUUAGGGAAAUGGUGGAUGCGAGACAGAUUCGGCCUGUGGUGGAGGAGACGUUCGACUUUUCCCAGGUUCCCCAGGCCUUUGAGAAGAUGGAGAAGGGUCACGCCAGAGGAAAGACUGUGGUCCAGAUCAUCAAGGAGGGCAAUGACUUAUAGCAUUGACUCUUGGAUACUGUACAACUACUGUCCUCUGCACAACUUUGAAAUCAUAACUUUGAUAACAUUUAGGUCCUAGCCAAUUAUAUAUGCAAACAUACAUACAGUAAACAAGGUUACUACAGUUA